AAGAGAUACCGAAUGCCCACAAAUACAAUCCUAUCGAGAAUGCAAACAACCAAUCAAAACAAUUACAUUACCGCCGAAGAUAUACCAUCUAUAGCAAACAAGACCACCAAUAACCAAAUAGAACCUAUUAAAAACUAUAAUGCUUUAAAAGCGGGCCACUCUUUAGGAGGUACGUCUGUAACAAAUAUGACAAUGACAAAGAGCCACAAAGCAGCUUCUACACCGAUGGACCAGCAAUCACAAUUCGAGGAGGACAAUGAGAAUUGUGUGAUUGAUAUAGCCACAAUGCAAAUUGUUGACGACAACAACUACAGCAGCAAUAAUAAAUGCACAUGUGGGGAUGAGCAGAGCGAUACGAGACCAAAGGCUACCGCCGUGGGGGAGCAACUGAAAUGUGCUGGGACGGAGGGGGAUAGCGACAAUAAAAUCGAUAUGAAAACUACAAUCGAAAACGGGUGUGAAAAUAUAAAAAUUGAGGAUGAGCGGGAAGAUGAUAGUUUAGUGCACGACUACCUUAAUGUUUUGGAGAUCAACCAAGCUGAGGAGGAGCAAACCAUUACUGAACUAGUAGAUGCUAGUGGGCAAAGAAAGUGUAUAGAAGCCAAGCACAGCAAUGGCAUGCGCGUCGCUUUUGGUAUAAUUUUUAGGCUAAUGCUGCCGUUGGCUAACAAUGUUAUGCGCAGCUUCAAGGGCAUACGUGAUGUACGAUUUUUGCGUAUAUUGAAAUCUAUUGCUUCCAGCCGACAAGCACUCACCAACUUGAUGGCGUUUGCGGCCAAUACAAUAUCGCUUAAUUUGUCGUCGGUGCAAGUUUCUCAACGUAUCGAUCCAAUUCUGAAGCUUCUCAAAAUACGUAAGUCCCCCGAUGGUAUUGAAAGUCUACCAGAUACGCCGUCUAUUAACAGUAUAUCCUGGUUUCCCACCUCCCCAAUAUCUACACCGCCGCCGACUACAAAAACGCCUAGCACUCCUACUAUGUCAUUUCUUUCACCUUCAUUUCGCGAACCUUCGGGAGUGAUGCCUGCUUUUUCUACCAGCAAGCGAAAAACCACAAUACCACAGACGCCCGCGCCAAAAUGCUGUACAUUAAAGGUGCUGGCAGAACCGCCACCAGGAGAGCCCAUACGCGCCGACAUUGUCUUCAUACACGGGCUGCAUGGUUCUUUGGUAAAUACAUGGAAGCAGGGAUUAUGGGAGAACGAACGUCAACCGGAAGGUUUCGAACGGCCACCAAAACCACCAGUACGACCACCUAAACGGCCAAAGCAUUCACGCGCGGUCUUGUUGCAUCCACCACACAAGCAAAAACGCGCGCGAUUCGCGCACAGCGACUCCAAUCAGCGGGCAACACAAGAGCAAAUGGAGUAUGCUGAAGUUAAAGAUUUGGAUGAUGGUUUCUUCGACGCAACUGAACAAGAAUUAAGAAAUGGUAUUUCCUAUGUUUGUGGCGCACCACAAGAUGUAAAAAACUGUGAUGGCAUCGAAUACAGUUUUCCCACAUUCCGCUUACGUCUGAACGACAAUGGCCGUCAACUGCAGGCUGAGUUCGAAAAGAUGCAAGAAAGCGCUGCGAAUGACAAUGCCCCACACUUGCAGCCGCCACAACAGCAGGCGAACAGCGGCAGCAAGCUCAAAAAUUCAACCAAACCCACUUCCGAUGAUCCGAAUUAUUCCAAGUGCUGGCCUGCUGAUUGGCUGCCCCUAGACUGUCCUAGUGUUCGUGUCAUAGCGCUUAACUACACCACCGAUCAAUACUUGUGGCGACCACUAUGGAAAAAGAAGGAACCACGAUCUAAUCUAAUUGAACGUGCACGCGAAAUGACUGAGCUGCUGAUCAAGCAUCGUAUCGGGUAUGGUCAGCCGAUCGUGUGGGUGGGCCAUUCUAAGGGUGGCCUGUUUAUUAAGCAAAUCAUUGUCGACGCAUGGGAGAGUGGACGACCGGCUGUGGCGCCUUUAUGGCGUUCCUCACGCGGUGUAUUCUUCUAUUCGGUGCCGCAUCGUGGCUCUCAUUUGGCUUGCAUUAAGGCGCCGCUCCUAGCGCGAUCCAUCGAGAUGCUGGAUAUUGAGAAAAAUAACAAAUAUUUAUUGGAUUUGCAUAGACGCUUUGCGGGUCUAUAUCACUUGGGUCAUAUUAAAAUUGAGGUGUUUAGCUUUGUGGAGACUGCAUUAACGCUGAUGUCUGUGCUCUAUCUGCGCAUUGUGGGCGUGGAUUCGGCAGAUCCUGGCUUUGGUGAUGUGUGCGGCAUACGCUUGGAUCAUCGUGAAAUUUGCAAACCACGCGGCAGAGAUUGUAUUCUUUACAAAGAAUUGGUUAAGAUGAUUAAAAAAGUUAUUGAAUUUGAUGAACAUAAGUCAUUUAGUGACUAGAAACUGUUCGUACCUUAUUGGAUUAAAGUACAAUAGAUAGAAAUAGUAUGAGACCAAAAAAUAGUAAAUAUGAAUUACAAAAAACGCAAACAUAUUUACACGUAUAUACUUGUAGAAAUAAAGUUAGUAAUGUAUAUUUCGCAAAAUAUGGUAUACAUACAUAUGUAUGUGUAUAUUAUAUACUUAUGUAAAACAUUUAGCAUAGUAUAUAUAAGUUAUAAAGAUACAUAUAAACUUAAGAAAAAGUUAUUAAUCGGAUAUUUUAUGUACAUAAAUAUUGUGAUUCAACUUGAAAUACUUACAUACAUAUAUUCAAUAACACAGACGUGAAUUUUGACUUGGGCAAGACUAUUUGCAUAAAAUGUUUGCAGUAAAAUUUGAAAUUUUAAGGUUAGUUUUAAAAGUUUUUAAAUGUAAAAAUCUCUCCUGUUUUUUUAUCCCCAAAAUAUCUAACGUAACGUUACGGAACGUAAAUUUUCAUUGUAUAAAUUUUUGUAAAGAUUAGGUCCAUUCAAUAUCAGAAAAUUGUUACGAAUUGUUGCUAGUACUUGCAUCUUUUUACUGAAAAUGCUUUCGAUAACCAAAAAAAUUUGCAAGAUAGAGCGAAUUCAAGAGCGUAACAAUCCGAGAGAGCUGCAAAUUCCUGCAAGUAAAAAUUUUACUGGCAGGAAUUUGCAGGAGUCAAAAAGUACGGUUAUGUUUCGAAUUCAAACGUAAACAAAGUGUUUAAGAGGAUGAUUUGAUGAAACAUAAAUAGCGAAAUGAAAAUAUGGAUAC